CUGUACAAGAUUUUGAAAUUCUAAGUAUUGAUUACUAAAAAAGCAUAUAAAUAUAUACAGGAAUGGAAACAGAUACAUCAUUUCCAGAGGCUGAUGUUCAUGCUGAACUAAAUCCUGGUCACAACAAAAGUUUCCAAGUCGAUCCUGUUUCAUCAGAAAUUGUUUCUAAUAAGGUACAAGAAGAGAUUGAGAAAAAGGAAAACGCAAAAGCUGAGAGGGACGCAUUGCAAACGCUAAAAUCGGCGAUCAUUGUCACAGCCGUGAUCGCGGCAGUGGCAGGGGCCGCAUUUGCGAUAACCAAGAAAAUGAAAGAGAAAUGAUCUUAUACCGCGGCGAGGCCUGCCUAAUUUUUAUAAUUUUGCCUAUUUAAAUAUGUAAUUUUUUUGUUUACAGAAAAAGAUUCUAAUUAUUCUAUCAUAAGCAAUUUUAAAAUAAUAAUGUAUUGAUUACUGAUUGAUGAUUUAAUAUCUUCUUUGAAACUA